AUGAAGACUCUCGAGACCAUAUUUGCUGAGCUGAGCCUCACUGAGUAUCUCGAUGCGUUUGUCGAACAGGGGUUUGACACAUGGGAGACCAUACUGGACAUUACCGAAUCCGAUCUCGAUGCGCUAGGCGUGAAGCUUGGUCAUCGACGGAGGCUUCAAAGACGCAUCGCCAACUCUCGAGGGAUUGCUCCCGAAGCCUCCCUCGGUUCCCAGGCGCAGCCUGCUACCGAUGACCCUAGAGUGUUAGACGCCCACCGAUCCGACUCUUCGAGGCUGGAUGCCCUAGAAGCGAGCAACGUCAUCCCAACCAAGCGAAAAUACCGGCGCCAUCCAAAGGUGGACGAGAAUGCGCCUUUGAAACCGCCCUCGGCCUAUGUGCUCUUCUCAGCCAAGAUGCGUGAUGAAGAGCUGAAAGACCGGAAUUUGGGCUUCACCGAGAUUGCAAAGCUCGUAGGAGAGAAUUGGCGGAGCCUAUCCCCUGCCGAAAAAGAACCGUUCGAGUCACAUGCACAAGUAGCCAAGGAAAGGUACCAAAUUGAGAUGGAAGAGUACAAGAAGACGCCCCAGUACGAGAGGUACCAGCUUUACCUACAAGAAUUCAAGGCCAAGCAUGACCAUCCACAAGGUGUCUUAGACAGGGACGCGGCGAAGCGACUGAAACUUGCCGAUGUCAGAAUGCCAGACGGUGGUCCCAGCAGCACAAGGUCUAACCGGACGAGCAGGAGUGGGAGUGAACCCCAACGGGAAAUCGGAUCACCGCGACACGGGUCCCAGCAAGGAAUUGAAUCUGCCUCCGCCGACGCCCAAUUCUCGUCGUCCUUGACGCCAAGCUUAUAUCAUGCUUCCCUCGCUGACCCGGUGAACUCCCCCUUAACAAAGAACAUCAACCGACACCUAUACGAACUCUCGCCCACCUUCAACACCUUCAACAACGUUAGAGAGUUGCAACCGUUACCGAGCAAGCGCAUCACAAACUGGGCAGAUGAGGACCGUCAUGAACAGCCAGCCACACAGAGGCAGCUUCCUUCUCUUUCCGAUGUUUUCGAUCGUCACGGGUUGCUACAUGAGCCUGUCGGAUUCUAUGCUUUGCGAGAAGAUGCUCCCAAUAGCCCCCCAGCUGCAACCAUUGCCAACGAACCCAGGCCCGCUUUGAGAAAAGGCGAAUCCUCGUCCUCAUCUGCCAGCACACCAUCUUCCAUCUCAUCAUUAGGGCACCCUCGAACCCCACUCGACAAUUCAAUGCCUAUCCAUUCGCUGUUGAGUUCAAAGCCAAAUCACGUCCACGAAGGCCAACAGCAGCCCAUACUUCCCGCAAUGACUAUACCCGGAGAACAUGGCCAACCGUUUGUCCACCAGCCGAUAAACGGUGCUGGCAUGUUUGUGGCCAAUGGUUAG